UUUGAUAGGGAAAAAAAGGCCUUUAAGAGAGUCAGAGGAGAAUAUCGCUCACAACCAGCUGUGAUCAACUAGACAGAAGCAAAAUCAGCAAGAAAACCUGAAAAACAUGGACAGGAAGAACAAGCUGAUGAUUUUCUCUCUGCUUUUGGCAGGCAUCUGCAGCCCUGUGUUUAGUGGAGAAUGGAAGGCCCAUGUUGUAAAAAGCCUCGAUGCCCUGGUUUCAUCCUGUGUUGUGGUUCCCUGUUCGUUCACUCAUCCUGGAGGAAACCUGCCCAACUCCAGACUCAGAGGCAUCUGGCAUCGUCAUGAUAAACGAGAUGAAAACAUCUAUAACGAUAAUUACGCCAAGAUCUUGGACAACUUUAAGGGCCGCACACAGAUGUUGGGACAUCUGGGUCAGAACAACUGCACCUUAGAAAUAGUUGACAUUAAAGAUCACGACAACGGCCCUUUCUGUUUCCGGAUUGAACUUGUGCGAACGGAGGAUAAUGAACCCACCAAAGACAAGUUCUCCUUUGUUGAGGACUGUGUUGGUUUGAACAUGCUCCCUGAUGUUCCAGCUCCUACACUGAAUCAUCCACCGACGGCCAUCGAGGGGCAGCCCUACACCGUCACCUGCUCCAUCAUCCAUACCUGCCCCUCCCACUGGCCUAAACUCUCCUGGACUCUGAAAACUGGAGAAAUCAUAGAGUAUCAUAAGGACAUUCGCUCUGGCAACUGGGAGACACAGUCUAUCUUGACGUUUGUUCCUGAGGAGAAGGAUGACCACAGCGAGAUCACCUGCACUGCUGAGUUUUUUGGAGGGAAGACGUCCUCCCAAACUUUUUCACUCUAUGUAAAACGGGCAGAAAACUACAAUCACAUCAUCAUUCCAACUGCAGUGGCCAUUGGUACAGCUCUAAUCUUUGGGCUUCUCUGUGUUUUCAUGGCAAAAAAAUACAAGAAUCGUAUUAGAGAGCUCCAAAAUCAAGAAGGCAGUGUGUGGAACCGGCUCUCCAAGAUGUCUCGCAGGGGCAGAAGCUGAAGGCAAGAAGUGAAAACAACGAUUGUCAUCAAAGGAAUCAAAGGAGGCCAAGGAGAAGGACACCAAAGGCAGAAAUGUUCCAGUGAAUGAAAUGAAGUAAACAAGCAAAUCACAGAGGGAAGAACCUAUUUGUUUGGCAGUCUUGCUUUUUUAUUUUUCUGCUUUUAUUCAUUCAUCAAUUUCAGAGAGAAGAAAUCAUCUAAAUAACAGCUGAUGAAGUAUUUUCUGUUUUUGAGUAUUAUAGCCAGUAAUAACAGGAUGUGCUGCCUUGUGUGAAUGCUUCAUUUCUGCAAAUCAUGUUAACAAACAUAAACCUUUUGCAAAAAAAUGCCUCGAUCAUAUCAUUAAACAAAAACUAACAAUGUUGUCUGAACAGAUGUAUCAAUCAUGUAAACGUAUAUUCAAACAUUAAAUUUUGAUACGUG